CUGUGGGGCUCGGUCAGCCAUGGAAUACUCGGGCCCCGGCGAAUCGCCGGGCGCAGACGCGGCGGGACCCGACCCUCAGCUGGCGGUCACCAUGGGCUUCACAGGGUUCGGGAAGAAAGCUCGCACAUUUGACUUGGAGGCCAUGUUUGAGCAAACUCGAAGGACAGCUGUGGAAAGAAGCCGGAAAACACUGGAAGCAAGAGAGAAAGAGGAAGAAAUGAACAGAGAGAAAGAAUUAAGAAGACAAAUUGAAGAUGUUGAACCAAGACCGUCGGGCUCAAGUGCAGUCAGAGAGCACUCAAAACCAUCGCCCAGGGACACAAGCAGCAGUGGCAGUGAAGACAGUUCUGACUCUUCUUCUGAUGAUGAGUUAAUUGGCCCUCCUUUACCCCCUAAAACGGUAGGAGAACCAGUCAACACUGUGGAUGAAGAUAUCUUGGGCCCUUUACCUCCACCUCUCGGGGAAGAAGGAGAAGAUGAUGAUGAUGAUGAACUAGAGGAUGAAGGAGAAGAGGAAAACCCUGUCCAAAGGAUUCCUGAUUCUCACGAGAUAACACUGAAGCAUGGCACUAAAACGGUUUCUGCUUUGGGUUUGGAUCCCUCAGGUGCCCGCUUGGUCACUGGAGGAUAUGACUACGAUGUUAAAUUUUGGGAUUUUGCUGGAAUGGAUGCUUCUUUCAAGGCUUUUCGAUCCCUUCAGCCUUGUGAGUGCCAUCAGAUCAAGUCACUACAAUACAGUAACACAGGAGACAUGAUUCUUGUUGUAUCUGGAAGCUCACAGGCCAAGGUGAUUGACAGAGAUGGUUUUGAAGUAAUGGAAUGUAUAAAAGGAGACCAGUAUAUUGUAGACAUGGCCAACACCAAGGGUCAUACAGCAAUGCUUCAUACUGGCUCGUGGCAUCCCAAAAUAAAAGGAGAAUUCAUGACUUGCUCAAAUGAUGCGACUGUAAGGCUCUGGGAAGUUGAAAAUCCAAAGAAGCAGAAAAGUGUUUUUAAACCUCGGACAAUGCAGGGUAAAAAGGUCAUUCCCAUGACGUGUACGUACAGUAGAGAUGGGAACCUUGUUGCAGCUGCCUGUCAGAACGGAAGCAUACAGAUCUGGGACCGGAACCUGACAGUUCAUCCCAAAUUCCACUAUAAACAGGCCCAUGACCCUGGUACAGAUACUUCUUGUGUGGCUUUUUCCUAUGAUGGUAAUGUCCUUGCCUCUCGUGGAGGUGAUGAUACAUUAAAAUUAUGGGACGUCCGACAAUUUAAUAAGCCAUUAUUUUCAGCCUCAGACCUUCCCACCUUGUUCCCAAUGACCGACUGCUGUUUCAGUCCUGAUGAUAAACUCAUAGUCACUGGUACCUCUGUGCAAAGGGGAUGUGGCAAUGGCAAACUUGUCUUCUUUGAGCGCAGGACUUUCCAAAGGGUGUAUGAAAUUGACAUCACAGAUGCGAGUGUUGUCCGCUGCCUGUGGCAUCCAAAGCUGAACCAGAUCAUGGUUGGAACUGGAAAUGGAUUGGCAAAAGUGUAUUACGACCCCAACAAAAGCCAGAGGGGAGCAAAAUUAUGUGUGGUUAAAACCCAGCGGAAGGCCAAACAAGCUGAGACACUCACCCAGGACUACAUCAUCACGCCUCACGCCUUGCCCAUGUUCCGUGAGCCCCGCCAACGAAGUACGAGGAAACAGCUGGAGAAGGAUAGACUGGACCCCCUGAAGUCACACAAGCCAGAACCUCCUGUAGCAGGCCCAGGUCGUGGUGGCCGAGUUGGAACUCAUGGGGGCACCCUGUCGUCCUACAUUGUGAAAAACAUUGCUUUGGACAAGACUGAUGACAGUAACCCUCGAGAAGCCAUUUUGUGUCAUGCCAAAGCAGCCGAAGAUAACCCAUAUUGGGUUUCGCCGGCGUAUUCCAAAACUCAGCCUAAAACCAUGUUUGCCCAAGUGGAAUCUGAUGAUGAAGAAUCAAAGAAUGAACCAGAAUGGAAAAAACGAAAAAUUUGAAGAAUCUCAUUUAAGAGCUGUUUGCAUGGUGCAAGAGGAUAGGGUGCAGUGUCCCGCCCCGCCCCCCAGUGCUUA